AUGAAUCACUUUCCCCAGGGAACUCGUGUCUAUUUCUUCACCGCUCAAAACCAGCCUGUUCAAGGAACAGUGUGUGGCCAUCUGUUCGCUGGAGAUGGUACCUUGCUUCUACGCAUCCAGCCCGAUGGCGGCGCUGUGGUAACCCUGCCAGCAGCAGCUGUGAACAAACUUUAG